CAAGUGUCAAAACGUUUCGGGGGAUAAGCUCGGAGUUGACAAAAGCGAUCUGUCUCAGUUGAAACAUUUUGGACACUGUUUUUUUUAUAUUCCAGGCUUUGUCCUGGGUUGACCACGCUGGCGAGGAUUACGUUAUCCGCCUGAGAACCGAACCGCCGUGCCGUGACUAGGACUUGGUCUCACCGUAGACUUGACCACCGCCGCACGGCAGAGAGGGGAAAGUGGGACUUUAUUGUUCAAGGCUAGCUAACUAGCUUUGCUUGUUUUUGUGUGCAUAGCGUGGACCGCAGGAUAUAUGGCUGCGAAUUACGAGCCGGUAUAUGGACUAUCAGAAGAUGAGCAUGAAACGAGAGUGCUGCGGGUUAAGGUCAUUGCAGGAAUGGAUCUGGCGAAGAAAGACAUCAUUGGAGCCAGCGAUCCCUACGUCAAACUGUCCCUCUAUGUUGCGGAUGAAAACAAAGAGCUUGCCUUAGUCCAAACAAAAACCAUUAAAAAGACCCUCAAUCCCAAAUGGAACGAGGAAUUCUACUUCAGAGUGUGUCCGCAGAAUCACAGGCUACUCUUCGAGGUGUUUGAUGAAAACAGAUUGGCGUCUUCCAAGAAUGGCCUUUUUCAUCUCACACAGACCAGAGAUGAUUUCCUGGGACAGGUUGAUGUUCCUCUCAGUCAUCUGCCGACAGAGGACCCGGCUAUGGAGCGGCCCUACACAUUUAAAGACUUCCUGUUGCGGCCCAGAAGUCACAAGUCCAGGGUGAAGGGUUACCUGCGUCUGAAGAUGGCCUAUCUGCCCAAACAAGGAGGACCUGAGGAAGAAGCUGGAGAGAUUAGGGAGGAGGCUGAGGGAUGGGAUGAGUCUGCAGACUCAGGCUCGCAGCGACCCCAGCAGCUGCUUCCUCCAUUGCCCCCAGGCUGGGAGGAGAAGGUGGACAACCUGGGACGCACCUACUAUGUCAACCACAACAACCGCAGCACACAGUGGAAACGGCCCUCCAACAUGGAAGUGAUCGCAGAGACUGAGAGUGAUAAUCAGCAGCGGCAGAUCAAUCAGGAAGCCCACCGUGUCUUCCGUUCGAGACGCCACAUCAGUGAAGACCUAGAGAACGAGCACCUGGAGCCCAGGGACAUGGACAAUUCCUGGGAGCUCAUCACAGAAGAGGAUCCUAACGACAGUCUGGCCCAGUCGCUGCCUGGCCCCUCCUCCAUCCUGACACCACAACUACCACCAACGCCCGUCACCCAGGAGUUCUCUGAAGACUUAAAUCUGAGGCUGUCACUCACUCCCGAUACCAACGGUGAAGUGCCAGGGCCCAGCUCUGCUCUGAGCCAGUUGUCAAACAGACUCCGAUCCUCGAGUAUGACGGAUGGUGUCAGUGAUCAGGCCCAGGCUCCUCCUCUCAUGCAGGGUUCCCAGACCAGAAGAACGAGAGCUCAAACAGUCUCAGGUGGUGAGGAGUCUAUGUCUCCCUCGGCGACUGCUUACGCCUUGACCACCCCUGGCCUGCCCCCUGGAUGGGAGGAGAGGAAGGACGCCAAGGGACGAACUUAUUACGUCAACCAUAACAACCGCACCACUACCUGGACUAGGCCAAUUGUGCAGCUGACUGAAGAUGGAGCCAGCACCUCAGCAGCAGCAGCAGCAGCGUCAGGAGGAGCCUCGGCCCUGGCCACCCCAUCCACCCCCUCCUCCUCUUCCAAUGCCUCCAACAACCACCUCCAUGAGCCCCAAGUCCGACGACCUCGUAGCCUCAGCUCCCCUACUGUCACCCUUUCCACCCCCUUGGAGGGAGCUAACAACAUCCAGGUGCGGAGGGCUGUAAAGGACACGUUUUCCAACCCGCAGUCUCCCCAGCCGUCCCCUUACAGCUCCCCAAAGUCACAGCCCAAAACACAGCAGAGCUUCCUGCCCCCAGGCUGGGAGAUGAGGAUAGCCCCCAACGGACGGCCUUUCUUCAUCGACCACAACAGCAGAGUCACCACCUGGGAGGAUCCCAGGUUGAAAUAUCCAGUCCAUAUGAGGAAUAAGAACUCAAUGGAGCCUGGUGAACUCGGUCCUCUUCCUCCUGGAUGGGAGGAGCGAGUUCACUCAGACGGACGCACCUUCUACAUUGACCACAAUACAAAAAACACGCAGUGGGAGGACCCUCGUCUGCAGAGUCCGGCUAUCACAGGACCUGCCGUUCCCUAUUCCAGAGAGUUUAAGCAGAAAUACGACUACUUCAGGAAGAAGUUGAAGAAACCGCACGGCAUGAACGACGGCCCCAGUGGGGGAUAA